AUGAAGCAUUCAAUCAUACUAGCAUUUGCGGCGUCUGCGCUUGCUCAGAACUACACGACACCAGCUUGCAUCGGCGUUGUGACACAGACCAUAUACGAAUACACCACGAUAUGUCCCUGUUCAUCCACGACUUCGACCUUGGCGACAAGCGUGAGCACCUUGAGCGGCGUCAGCACGUCGAGUGGCGUUAGUACCUCGAAUGGCGUCAGCACAUCGGGCGGCGUUGUCGGGACCGGUGUUAGCAACGGCCCUGUGUUGCAAUCCACGACCACAACUACCUUGUCCAGCGGCAGCAGCGCGAGCAGCUCCGGCCUCUCCGCGAGCUCAGCCACAACUGCAAUCGCACCUCCCUCUUCGACGUCGGGUACACCGUCCUCGGCCACAACAACCAGUCCCGCUGUCGCCGUCAGCUCGAGCACGACGACGACUACAACCGCCACGACCACAUCCAGCGUCGCCGUACCAUCGGUGUCUGUACCUCCUGCUGGCAGUGUCCAGGUCAUCUCAUUGAACUCUCUUCCAAGCGGAGACAGUGGCUCAAGUGCCUACAUUGCGCGAGCAUUGUACUCGCACAACCUGCAUCGUGCCAACUCGUCUAUUGCUGCGCUGACCUGGAGCGAUACGAUGGCUUCCUAUGCCCAGACUGUUGCAUCUUCAUGCGUUUACGCACAUUCUACCGCAGGAACACCCGGCGGUUAUGGCCAGAAUAUUGGAGCAGGAUUCACCCCCGAUCAGAUUCCGGUCAUGAUAACCAACAACAUGUAUAAUAACGAGAUCAACUACUAUCCCGGCCCUUACGGCUCGGACAGCGUCGACACAUCAAACUUCGGGGCAUGGGGCCACUUUUCUCAAAUUGUAUGGAGAGGUACCACCGAGGUCGGAUGCGCCACACAAUAUUGCCCCAAUGGACUGGCCAACGCGGGUAGCGGCGUGUUGCCGUACUUCACAGUGUGCAAUUAUAAUCCAGCCGGCAACUACGUUGGACAGUGGAGUAAUGUCGCGCAGCCCCAGGGUGGUGGCACAGUUGUCUUCCAGUAA